AUGGCGACCCAACGGGAGGAGGACAUCAAGAUGAUGCUGGCCGCGCAGGUCCACAUCGGAACGCGCAAUGCGGACUCGAAGAUGGCAGACUACAUCUGGCGUCGCCGUAACGAUGGCAUUCACAUUAUCAAUGUGGGCAAGACGUGGGAGAAGCUUAUGCUUGCUGCGCGCGUGAUUGUGGCCGUGGAGAACCCCGAGGACGUGAUUGCGAUCUCGGCCCGCCCGUACGGCCAGCGUGCAGUGCUCAAGUUUGCGCAGCACACGGGCUGCCAGGCGAUUGCUAGCCGCUUCACCCCUGGCACGUUCACCAAUCAGAUCACCAAGCAGUUCCGCGAGCCGCGUCUGCUCAUUAUCACGGACCCCCGCACCGAUUCGCAGGCCGUACGUGAGUCGUCGUUUGUCAACGUGCCCGUGAUUGCUUUCUGUGACUCGGACUCGCCCCUGCAGUUCGUGGACGUUGCCAUCCCGGCCAACAACAAGGGCAAGCUGUCUAUUGGCCUGCUCUACUGGCUGCUUGCCCGUGAGGUGCUGCGUCUGCGCGGCACGAUCUCUCACUCUCUGCCGUGGGAUGUGGUCGUCGACCUGUUCCUCUACCGUGACCCGGAAGAGCUCAAGAAAGCUGAAGAAGCUCAGGCUACCGCUGCUGAAGAGACGUCGGCUCGCAUUGGAUGGGGAGAUGCUUCGCAGACCCCUGCAGAGCCGUCCCUGUACGCUGCUGAGCCAUCUGUCCCUGUUGCGGGUAUCCCUGAGUCGACUCCGGCAGCAAACUCGGAGUGGUCUGGCGAAGCUGGUGCCGUGCCGACUGGCUCGAACUGGGACGCUGUGGUCCCUGCUGCUGCGUCGAGCAGCUGGGAGUAA